CGAGUCCUCUUGGCAGCCACAACGGUCAGCGCCCAGUUCAAGCGAAAUGCCGUACUUAUUUUGGCUUGCCAAUUUAAUACUGACAGCAUACAUGUCUAGUAUAGGUGUACAGUCUUACAGAGAUAAGUCUUGAAUCGCAUUUGUAAAGCGAAAGACAACAUACAUGACGGAUAUUUGGUGCUACUAAUGUGCUUUCGCGCCAAACGUGUGUGUUUUGAAAAGUGAACGUAGCAGACAGUGCGUGAAUAAAGUUUAUUGAAGUGAAUUGUUUGUUAAUUAUUCAUAAUGGAUUCGUGGGGUAUUCUUAACGUGGAUACAGCAGCAGCUGCAAUUUCAAGGGAUGACAUGCAAUCCAGUUUUCGUCGGAAGCAAGUUAUGACAAUAGAAAAGCUUCCCGAUAAAGUAUUAUUGAACAUAUUCUCAUAUUUAACACAUAGAGAAAUAUGUCGGAUGGCAACAGUAUGCAAACGUUGGCGAAUGGUAGCAUACGAUACAAAACUAUGGACUCAUGUCAGUUUACGGCCAGAAAUAUCUGGUCUACAUGUCGGUUCCUUGGAGUCCCUUUUGGCGCUAAUUUCCAUAAGGUUCGGGCCAUCUCUACGAUACAUAGAGUUACCGAUUGAGUUGAUCACGCACAAUGUACUGCACGAGUUAGCUGCUAAAUGCCCCAACUUGACACACAUGCUGCUGGACUUUAGUACUGCCAUGCAACUGCACGACUUCUCAGAGAUGCAGGCGUUCCCUACCAAGCUGCGGUACCUCUGCAUCUGUCUUUCCGAGGUCAUCUUCAUGGAGGGCUUCAUGAGGAAGAUAUACAACUUCAUCAACGGCCUGGAGAUAUUACACCUUAUUGGAACCUACGAAAAGGUAGAAGAGGAGGAGGAAGAAAUCUAUGAAGUGAUAAACGUGCACAAGCUGAAGUCCGCAACGCCGAAUCUGCGCGUCAUCAACCUAUACGGGAUCAACUUCGUGGAUGAUUCGCAUAUUGACGCGUUCAGCUCUAACUGUAUCCAGUUGGAGUGCCUGGCGGUGAACUACUGCAACAAGGUGACGGGCUCUACCAUGAAGACGCUCUUCCAGCGCUCGCGCCGCCUCACCUGCCUUCUCAUGAACGGAUGCAGCCUCCAAUCCGAGUAUGUGAUGCAAGUGGAGUGGGAGAAGUCCUCCAUCCAGGAGCUGGAUAUCACAGCCACGGAUCUGUCCACGGAGUGUCUCGUCGACAUGCUCACCAGGAUCCCGAAUCUACGCUUCCUGAGCGCGGGACAGAUUAACGGAUUCAAUGAUUCCGUGCUGAAGGCCUGGCUGGAAGCUGGCACUGCGAGGAACCUCGUAGCCCUGGACGUGGACUCCUCCGACAGCCUGACGGACGAAGCGCUCCACCGCUUCCUCUCAAGACACGGCAGCCAACUGUGGGGGCUGGUGCUGAGCGGGAUGCCGCAUAUCACCGACCAGCUCUGGCAAAGCGUUAUGCAGCUGCUCACCAACACCAAAAUCCUCAUCAUGGGCACACAGGAGCGCCUAGGUGUGAAUAUCCAUGUUGAUCAGCUGAUGGACGGCAUCGCGAACAGCUGCCCCAACCUGGAGCGGCUGGAACUACGUUGGGACCCUGAGAACCUGCGCUUCAGCGAUAAGAGCCAGAAGGCAAUCGAUAUUUUGCGCGUCAAGUGCCUCAAGCUGAAAUGCCUUGUGCUCAGCGACGGGCGCUACUACGAGAUUGUCAAAGCGAACUUCGAGCGUGCCGACCGAACCACUGUAGUGCGGACUUCCACCAACUGCCGCGUGUCGAACUACUAUCUCCUCUCUAAUUAUAAGGAGCUUAUAUUCAAUUAAACUCCGUGGAACACCUUG